CAGCAGGCGACCCGGAAGGUUUGCGCGCCGCUCCGCACCGAGCUCUAGCCGCGCGCCGCUGCCGGAGCCGGGAGCCCCCAGCCCGGCCCUGCUCGGGCCGCCGGGCUCGGGGCUGCGGCCACAUCCCGGAGCUCCGCCAGCACUGCCAGGUGCUGUUGGGAACACAGAGGAAGUGACUGACUGGGGUUCAGGGAAAGCUCCGUAGAAGAGGGAACACUUGAGCUGGGUCUUGAAGGAUGAGUAGAAGUUCACCAAGUGGGAAAGGACCCUCUAGGAUGGCCGAACCUCGAUUUAACAACCCCUACUUCUGGCCCCCUCCUCCCACCAUGCCCAGCCAGCUGGACAACCUGGUCCUGAUUAACAAGAUCAAAGAGCAGCUGAUGGCGGAGAAGAUCCGGCCACCUCACUUGCCACCCACCUCAGCCUCAUCCCAACAGCCACUGCUAGUGCCCCCCGCGCCCGCCGAGACCAGCCAGGCCGUCAUGUCACUGCCCAAGCUGCAGCAGGUGCCAGGGUUGCACCCGCAGUCUGUGCCGCAGCCCGAUGUGGCGCUGCACGCUAGGCCGGCCACCAGUACCGUCACAGGUCUGGGGCUUUCCUCUCGAACCCCCGCUGUGAGUACGUCUGAGUCAACCCCAGGCACCGGCACAGGCACCAGUACCCCAUCCACACCUACCACCACCAGCCAGAGCCGCCUCAUCGCCUCAUCCCCCACCCUCAUCUCAGGGAUCACCAGCCCCCCCCUCCUGGACUCCAUCAAGACAAUCCAGGGCCACGGCCUCCUUGGACCCCCCAAGUCUGAACGCGGCCGCAAAAAGAUCAAGGCAGAGAACCCAGGGGGUCCCCCUGUCCUUGUUGUCCCCUACCCCAUCCUGGCCUCCGGUGAGACCGCAAAGGAGGGCAAGACAUACAGGUGUAAGGUGUGCCCGCUCACCUUUUUCACCAAGUCUGAGAUGCAGAUCCACUCCAAGUCGCACACAGAGGCCAAGCCCCACAAGUGCCCGCACUGCUCCAAGUCCUUUGCCAACGCCUCCUACCUGGCCCAGCACCUGCGCAUCCACCUGGGCGUCAAGCCCUACCACUGCUCCUACUGUGACAAGUCUUUCCGUCAGCUCUCCCACCUCCAGCAGCACACCAGAAUCCACACAGGCGACAGACCCUACAAGUGCCCACAUCCUGGCUGUGAGAAGGCUUUCACUCAGCUCUCCAACCUCCAGUCUCAUCAACGCCAGCACAACAAGGACAAGCCCUACAAAUGUCCCAACUGCUACAGGGCCUACUCAGACUCCGCCUCCCUCCAGAUCCACCUCUCCGCCCACGCCAUCAAGCACGCUAAGGCCUACUGCUGCAGCAUGUGUGGGCGGGCCUACACCUCGGAGACCUACCUGAUGAAGCACAUGUCCAAACACACAGUGGUGGAACACCUGGUGAGCCAUCACUCACCCCAGAGGACGGAGUCCCCCGGCAUCCCGGUGCGAAUCUCUCUGAUCUGAGCCCACCUGUGGCGCCGCCCCGCCCACUUGGCAGACGUAGACCUAGGCAGCACCCAGCCUAACUCCCGCUGGGGCCUCCAGGAACCACCAAGCUCUCUCACGACCUUCCCACCCUGCCAGAAAGCUUGGUCCGCAGAAGCCCUGCCUGGUCCGGCUCCUGGGCAGCCAGGCCAACUGCAAGAUUCUGGACUGUUCUGGUGGCAUCCAAAGACGAUCUCAGAGCACUUUGAACCUGUCUGUUGGGUUUUUCUUUUUGUUCCCCCUCCCUCACUUGCUUCACUGUUUCUUGUUUUUAAGUUUGUCUUGGAAAUAACAAAAAGGAUAUUUAUUGGCCAGAAUGUUGGUGCUGCUAAGAACGAGAAACUAAAAGGACUGGACAGACGGAUACAGAGAACCAGAGGGCAGCGUGGGACCUUCUCUGGCCAUUGCCUCAGGUCUCGAGGGGAGGCUCGGGCCUGGGGUUCUGGACUUCAAAGGGGACCCUCCCCCAGGUGGGAGGAAGACAGGAGACAGCUGGAGUGAGCCCUUCAGCCCCAUCACCCCGCUCAAAUUGCCUGAGCCUUGCCCUAGCCUUUACUGGGCAAAGGGUACGGCAGCUGCCAGGGCUGCCUGGCUUCAGGGCAUGGAAACAAGAGGGGUCUGGGGAGCCGCGGGACCAAAGGGUGCAGUGACGGCUGGGUGGUAUGCCCAGGGAAGUGGGUUGGGGGGGUGCCUGGUGAAACCUGGCUCUUCCCCUGCUGCCCUGAAGACCAUCCCAGUCUACCUCGGUGCUGGCCAGGAAACCUAUUGGCUACCUCUCCCUCCACUCCAGACUGUGGGCAGGUGGACGGGGAUGGAGUGGGCCCGGAGCUAAGACCUCCUUCAGAAUUCCCUCCAGAAGGGGACAGUGCCCAGGGAGGAGUUGUCUUUCUCGCUACAGAGGGGGACUCCCCAACCCAGACCCCAGGCCCUGCAGCAGGGAUAGGAUCCUCCAAAGGAGGUCCCAGGAGCAGACCCUGCCCCCAGACCCCGCCCCCUAGACAUCCCAAUCCGAAAGCCAUGCGUGUCCGUGUAUAUAGGAACUAUGUACAGAGCCCAGAGAAGCCCUUCCACAUCCCCCCCCAGAGAGGAAGAAAACUAGACAAAACUCAUCUAUAUAUUCUGUAUCUGGAGUCCAUUUGAAUAUUAACUGUGUUAUUUUUAUACACUUUUUAAGCCUUAACUCGACAUUGAUUUACCAGUUUAACGUUUCCUGGGGUUUCUUUUCCACUGGGAGGGGGGGUUCUCUGCCACCCCCACCCCGACCCCUCUGUUUGACCUGCGUCGUCUGAUACUCAGUAUUGUAGCUUUCCGUCCGCAUGUACUACCCUGUAAAUACGCUGUUUCAUGCUGUUAACACCCCUUGGCUUUUUUUCUAUGGGACCUCCAGGCCACCAUAUUUAGAAAUAGUUACCUUAUUAAAAAAGAGAAAACGGUCUGUUGGCUUCUCAGUCUGCAUCUUGGUGGCAGGGAGGCGAGGGCAGGUGGCCCUCGGAGCUUCAGGAGAGAAACUUAUGUUCUAUUAAAGAAGGGGGUAAGCCUAAACAAAUCAAACAUGGGGGAAGAACACUGAAGGGGGCGAGAGUCAAAGGGACGCACCCUCUGCUCUUUGUAUCUCUGACGUGAAGAAUAAACUGUACCUACACCUGG